AUGCCACGAAAACUACCAUGGCUCGACGGAGCGUCAAAGAAAGAGACGAGGAAAUCAACACCAGCCCCUCGCGCACCCAAAAAGCGCUCUUCCUCCACCGACCGCCUCGUCAACUCCGACCUCGAAGACCUCGACCCAGCUCCACGCAAUGAACGCCCCAAGAAGCGCCGCCAACGCGAACCCUCCAGCUCUCCUCCGCCCAUGAUCGCGCCUGAGAUUUCUUACAUGCGCGAAGGCCUCACAGCGGACGACAUCUACGUCAUGGUUGAAGACGAGUUCUACAGCACUGCGCAACUCUUCACAGCUCCCCUCCACCGCGCGGCAUACGAUAGGCUUAAGCGGCUGCAUCGGUCCCGCGGGGCGGAGGCGCUGGCGAAUAUCGAGAGGGGAACGGAUCAGAACACGAAGGUGGGGACGGCGCUGAGGAGGAAGAUGGAGGCGAAGGAGAGGAGGGGGAAGGCCGUUGAGGAAGAGAGCGAUGAUGACGAUGAGUAUAUGGCUGUGCCUGAGUUAGCAGGCUUGAUGACGAGUAGUCAGAUGAUUGGGGAGAGGAGGGUCGAGGGAGUUGCGAAGGCGAGGAGUAAUACGAGGGCUGCCGCGGGGUUUCUGCAGAGUCCGCAUAAGGGCAGCAAGACGAAGGAUGUGUUUGCGAACAAGAAUUUGGCUUCUGCGGAAGAGGAUGAGAGUACGGAUGAGGAUGAUUUGGAUGCGGGUACGACGAAGUCUCGUGCGUAUGAGGAUAUGGAUACCUCUCUUGACGAGCCGCGUCUUUCGAUCGAGAAGCCGCAAGAAGCGAAGAGCAAGACUCAUGGCUUCUUCAAGCAGUUCGCCAACAAACCUGAUCCACCGGCUGCAAGACCGGCAGAGCCAAGCAAGAAGUCCGAUCCUCCACGACACGACAACACCUCCCCGAGUCGAGAGUCUUCGUCCACACCAGCCGUCAACGGCGGUCCCCGCCGAGGUGGAGGAGGCAAAGGGUCGCGUAUGGCGGAGAUGCUCGCGAAGCGCAAGCAGCAGUCGACGCAAGUCUCCGACCCUCCUCUGGUCGCCGUGCAAGAGACUCCUGUGAAGACGAAGACGAAGACGAAAAAGCCAGAGCCGGCAUCGACCCCAAGACCCAAGGGCAACUCCCUGACGAGCUCCAGCAUAAAGGCGGAGGAGAGCAAGAGCCCAGACUACCUUACGCAACGCAAGAUCAAACGUGAGAAGAAAGAAGCCGAAGAGAAGAGUAGAAAGACCCAGAGAGACGACAUCCCGACGUUUCUCUUCUGA